CUGGAGUGCCUUCUCUGAUUCAUAGCCUAGUUUAGCCAGAAGCGGAACUCCACGCAAAACUGCUGGCUGAUCUCGUGACCCCGUCAGGCUUCCGUUCCAAUCUCUAGCUAUAGAUAUUUCUGGAACCUCGUCUCGCUUUGCCUCUCUUUCUUUCUUUCUUCCCUCGUACUCGACCGGCUGCAAGGUCUCAAGGAAGAAAGAAGAUCUCUGGCUCAGCAAGCUGUAGGUUCCCAUCCUUUCGUUUCCCCCUCUUAGAAGAAUUUCUUAAUGGCCAACCUUAUUCACAAGGCCCGUCAUGGCUUCACGCUCCUCCUCCACUGGCAACAACCCUGCCGAGGGCUACAUCCAUGCUGGCAACACCCCAACCGCCGCUUCCAUCUGCUGCGUUGCCCUCAACUGCGACCGUGUCUUCACCUCCAGGGCCCAGAUGCUGUAAGUUGCCUCCAUGCCGUUUCCCCCCUCACACCAGGGCAUUUCCGAGGCUAACUUCACAACCGAGUGAGCACAAGAGAACCGCCCACAACACCCCCGAAAACAUCCACCCAGGCACGCACUACGUCUGCCCCGUCCCCGGCUGCCACCAAGGCCAGCUGAUCCUCCGCUCCGACUACCCCGGCCCCGGCCGCUUCGACGAAUUCCGCCGCCACUUCCGCGAAGACCACCCGCGGCUCUGCGACUCGCUCGAACCCUGGGUCCUAGACGCCAUCUACGCCAGCGUCCGAGCCCAAUCUGACAUGUCUGCCGACACCGUCAACCUGGAGAGGAAGACGCUGGAGGUCAGGGAGAAAGUGAGGAAGAUUCGGGAGAAGGAGGUGGAGAUGGACCGCCUGAACGUGCGCAUUGGUCAGCAAGAGGCCGAGCUUCGGUGGAAGGACAGUCAGAUUCGGGACCUUUACCUGCAAGUCGGUCUUCUGAGGGCCGCUGCUGGUGGUUUCCUGGGCGCUGGAGCCCCUCAGGCCCCGAUGUAGCCGUGGGGUAAUAGAUGCUUGCUCUUGCCCUUAGCAUGGAGUCGAGGUUGCCGCAGGGAAACUAAUGUGACGACCCUCUGUGUGUGGUUUUAUUUUCUUCUUCUUCUUUUUCUUCAUGAUCGCGGUUGUUGUGCUUCGGGUGGGUUUGCUGUUGGUUGUUGUGCUUUUGAUGUUUGUGUUUGUGUUUGUGUUUGU